ACUCAGGUGAGUCUGAGUAUUGAGCAUUGAGUGAGACUUGAGCAUCGAGUGACGAGCGUGUUGAGCGCUGAGCGUGCGGAAAUUUUCGGGAACUUACAGCGUGUUGAACAGAACACGUAUUGACGAGGCAGGAUGCAGUCCAUCGCGAGGAUCGCCAUGUCCAUGAUUCUGGUGUCAUCGGCGUUUGCCGCCUACCAGACCAGCGCAAAGCUUCGGAGAGACGGCGUGUUAAACCUGUACCCUUUCCCAAGGGUGGGACGAGCACAUAAUACGUGGGAGAUCCCGAUCAAUGACUUCUAUUUAGAAUACAAGCCAGCAGAAAAACGCCAGCUGUACGCGUUCCCGCGCGUCGGCCGCAGCGAUGUCCGCGAACACCCUAACCUGUACCGACUGGAGGAUAUGUUCCGUCGCCAGAAUGAGAAGCGGGAAGGGGAAAAUGGGGACAGCACUGGCAUGUGGUUCGGGCCCAGGUUAGGACGCGCUUACAAGAGCGAAGAGGACUACCAAGCGAACAACGAGCACAGCGAGCCAGAGCACAUUGACCCCGAACUCGAAAGAAAGAAGAGACACACUAACCAAUAAGUUUCCAUCGACUGAAGCAACUCUUUACAGGCCAACUCUAACUUACACCGAUAUCAUUACAACAUCCGAAGGAAGUCAUUCGGUCGAAUCCUUCUAUAAUGUAAUACCUACCAUAAUCUGUAUUUAGUCCAUUACUUUCAUACAAUAGCCCAGGGUAGCCAAAUGCACAAAUGCUUACAAUAAUAUCGUUAUCGCAGCUUGCUGUUAUCGCCCUUCUGUAUCGGCGCCACACAGACAGACUGCGUUUAGAUUGGCGUUUAGCGUCAACCAUUGUCAUUCAGCUAAGCAGGUAAAGUCGCCGUCAAUAGAAUUUGUGAACAAUGUAAACAAACCUUGUAGUCAAAAUGUAUUUAAUUUCCAUUCUAACUCAUCAGAUACUGGCUAAAUCCAUGUGUUAUUUAAUCAAUUCAUAUUACAUUAUGAUCCCCAACCUUUAAUAUAAUAAAGUUCAUUUUAGGUUUCAACUCUCAAAUACUUCUAACGCCCUCGCGGGUGCUGCCUCAGCGUGCGUACCAUGACACGGACAAGGGCAGCAUUCACUUGGUAUAGAUACAUACAUUUCGUAUCAAAAGAGCUACGUGUAACAGUUGGCUUCGGCUCCCGAAGAUCCGGAACACCCAAUUUAUUUAUCGUCUGGCAAUAAAAUUAAGACUACAAUACACUGUAUAUACACUAUAACUAGUUCAUACUUAAUCUAAAUUUACAUUCCUCCAAGUAGGUGAUGGCUGCGCUCGCUGCGUUUUUAAAAUCUUCCACUGGGCCAUGGUACUUUGUCAGUGGGCACUCUAGGACAAGAUGCCGAACAGUUUGCUUUGGGCAUCCGCAUUCGCAACACUCCCGGUCGCUCCAUCCCCAUUUUUCCGGAGGUAGGCGCAAUGUUCGAUUCCCGACCCGUUCUCAAUCGGUUAAGCAUGCACCAGACACGACGUGAUUCAGUGAACCCAUACGCGCGGCUCUGCGGAACUAGCUCGAAGAGAUUAGGGGAGACGCCAGCCUGCGACCAUUCUUUGGACCAGGCGUCACUCAAGUUCCACACAGAGCGCGGUUGGAGGAUGAGGAGAUGCUUUCCGUGAUGGAAAAGACGUAUAAUCUGUUUUAUGUAAAUCAAUUGAGAUGUGUAAUGUAUAAAUAGAUGUAUAUGAGUAUAGUGCACUUUUGGUCGUGCUUGCUCAUAUCUGGAUUCAUUCGGAUAUCGUUCUGAUUUCGGUGUAUGUUUGGAUUGGCCUGUUAGUUUAAGACAGUUACACCUCCGCACGGUCUGCGUGCCAACGACUAUGUAUACAGGGUGGCUGGCUCUAGUGUACCUAAACAUAAAUUAUUUCAUUCGAUAAAUGUAUAAGAACAAAGUCAAAAUUCUUUGGGUGAAAUGUAUAAAAGACUUACUUUUGCUGUCAAUUACGAUACUUUUGAUGAAGACUAGAUUUCAACAAUUGUCGUCCUGAUAUUUAAAAGAUAUUGUCAAUUCUGCGUACUUGAAUUUAGGCACUGUGCGCUCAUCGAUGAUGAAUAUGACAUGGGAACUUGCAUGAACAAAAUGUUAAAAUAUGUCAUAGGUACCUUAAAAUGUUUAGAAUGAGUCAAAACUCUUGGUUGUUAUUGACGAGGAAUUGUAUUUCAGGCAAAAAGAGAUUAGGGAAGAAAAUUUAGGAUCUUGAUAAUAAUUUGUUAUUAUCUUGAUCAUAUUUAGGCAAAUUUUGUGAUUCUGGUCUGGUAUAUAUUUAUUCAAUAUUACUACUAAGAUGGCAUUGAAAUGGGAUGUUUUCAUAAAAUAUUAAAGUAAUAAUGUUAUUGAUACGUUGCAACAAUCGAUGGAUAAUGUUGCGUUUAGUUGAGAAAACUUCAUAAAAGUAACGUGUCCCCCAUAUAGGUUACUUUACCUUUCCAUGAGCUUAAUAAGACAAGUACUAGAGACUCGAACUUACAGUUCAUGUCACUCGUAAAUGGUUGGAAGCGAGAUGCACUGUGGGUCAAGUUUGUCUGAUCGUUCCGUCUUACCAUUUUGCCCAUUUCUUAAACACCCUGUAUAAUCACUUAUGUUAUUUAUAUUACGUAUACGAAAAGAAACGUUACCGUCAAGUUUAUUGUGACUUAUGUGUAUAUUCGCUAUUAUUAUAUAAUUAAUAUUAAUAUUAACUAGGAUAAGUUUUGCGAAGGCGGGCCCCAAGGCUGGAUGGAUUUUUUAUGUAAUCCAUGGGGCUACUUUCGUAAAUUUGUUGUUCAUAUUUAAAUAAAUUAUAAAUAGUGAUUGUUUAUAUGCGCCAGUUUAUUGAAACAAUAAAAGUGACGCUGAUACGCGCAAA